AAUGACAAUCACACACACAAAAUGCUGGAAGAACUUAGCAGGUCAGACCGCACCUGUGGAAAAGAAUGAAGAGUCAAUUUUUUAGGCAUGACCUGCUGAAUUUCUCCAGCACUACUCUGGAUAUCCAGCAGUUGCAUAAUCUCUUGUGUCUAUAAAUGACAGGACUAAUAGAAGGUGCAGACCUGGGGUGGAAUUCGUACUUCCUAUGCAGAUAUUUUUCAUACAUUAAUUCAACCGGUGAAACUAUCUAUAGAACAUCUUUAACUCUUUAAGUCAUGUUGGUGUAAAUAAUACUUGCAAUUUAGGAUCCUAAAGAUUUUGUUGGCAAUUGCUUUCAUUGUUUGCCAAAGUGCACUGAUGGGCAUAUAGAUUUAAAGGUCAUUCAGUCAUUGAACCAGUUCCACAAUUCAAUUAACUCUUGGUUCAUGCAAGAAUAAUAUUUUACAUUGCUGUGUAAAUCCAUGAAGAACUUGAGGAUUUCUGCAUAGAAUAUUUAUUCCUAAAAGAGGGAUUCAUACACUUUUAAAGAAUGGAUUUCCACUCAUUUAAAGCAAUUCAUAUGUAUAUAGCUUUCAAAGGAAAUUGUGAAGUUGCUCUGUUUCAGCAUAGCUGUUUGUAAGCUUCUGCAUUACAAUCACUUGAAUUUGAUGUAGAUUUAAGGAAUUUAUGAACUAAUUGUUUUACGAAGUACCCUUGAAAUUGCGUGCAAAUAGCAUGAAACAAGUUUUUAUUGACACUAAAGUCUAUUAUUACUGUUUGGAUUCAAGUUUAUCAUCACUGACGUCUGUGAAAUUUGUUGCUUUAUGGUCUUUUUGGCCGUGUUUAGCCCGUAUCCAUCUAAACGUUUCCCAUCCGUGUACCUGUUGAAAUGUGUUUUAAGCAGUGGAACUGAAUCUGCCUCUACCACUUCUUCUUGUUCCACAUACUCACCAGCUUCUUUGUGAAGGAUUUGGUCCUGAGAAUUUUCCCAUCUCAUGAAACCACUCUUCAUGUGGGACACUCUUUGCCUCAUUGAAACGACAUAGGGAAACACAACUGAUGAUAUUUCACACUAUUAGAAUAUUAUUAAAGCUGUAUCACUGCUAGUUAAUACACAGUUCAGGACCGGUUUGAUUUGUUACUCAACCUUCUGGUUCGUCUUGCUUUUGUUUCAAGGAGACUUUGAAUGCAUCCUUAUUUUUUUUUAAUUGCUGCCUGGUAAUCUCUUCUCCCACAGAAUUUAGGAUAAUUUGUUUGUUUUGGUGAUGAAGUUUUUGAAGAUAUUGGGGAUGCAGGGGUAAUGACCUUCAAGGACUUUGUACUCUGUCAGUGUAAGCUGCAUCCUUUGUUUUCGCUUCACGUGAUUAAUUGUACUUCUGAAGCUGUGAGGUUGUGAAAUCGCUAAACUACUUCUCUGUUUUAAUCAAGGACAGAACUGUCUGAUUCUGUAAAGUAACAGGUGUGUGCGUCUGAUAAAUACUCCAAGGCUGAUUACUUCUUUCUCUGACCCUCUGUACUUUGUAGUUCCACAAGCUUUGUACUAAGAACUGGAAAACAACUUCAUAUAUGGAUAAUGAUGGUCUCUUUGAACUCUAUAAAUGUUGCUGUAUGUAACCUGCUGAUAGAGGUUCGACAUGAGCCCCCAGGGGGAGAGGAACACUGUCCCUCUGUUGUGUGUGGCUCCAAACUACUCGCUGGCUGAGUUCGAACAAAUAAACUGGUGAAAAGAAUAAAGAACUGUUUGUGGUGUGGUUAUUGGUCCGGUGAAUUUCAGUUUACAUUGGGAACCAGGUAUAAGGCAUGCAUUAGGGCCUUAAUGCUGGGGGAGCAACUGGGAUAGCUCUAUAAAUUAAAUUAUGUGCUUAUACUGAAAUUGCCUUGCAAAAAUAGAUGAGAAUAUUUCAAAACAUAAAUGAUUUGAAAAAAAUUAUUAAUUUAUGAUAUUUCAGCUUAAAACUUCCCAGCCUUAAGCACACUUUGUAAUGCUUAGAAAUUCUUGUCUGUGAGAAAUCUUUAAAUUCAUUACGCAUAGUAUCAUUAAGAUUGAAGAGCUCUUGAAAUGACAUUGAUUAGCAUUUGCAGUGAUCUUUUGUUCUAUUUUCUUUUCUCCACGCCAGGAAGAAAGCAUCGUCAUUGAUUGCAAAUUCGGGGCACUGUAUUGCACAGAUCUCGUUUUGCAGAAGCCGCCAGUGAGGAAUUUUGAAAUUGGUGAAAAUGGCAUGACGUAUUAUUUUGGGUCUUGAGUCCUGAUGAAGGUUCUCGGCCCAAAACGUCAACUGUUUAUUCGUCUUCAUAGGUGCUGCCUGACCUGCUGAGCACCUCCAGCAUUGUGUGUACUUGGGUGAUUUGGUUUGGAUUCAAGAUUGUUUAAUGUCAUUUCCAGUACACCAGUAAGUAGAGGAAUUAAAUAACUGUUACUCUGAUUCUAUGCAGCACAAAAACACAUUAAAAUGAACACAAUAAUACACUAUAUAUAUAUAUAUGUGUGUGUGUGUGUGUGAUUUAUAUAUGAUUGCUUAUGUACAUACACAUAUACAUAGAUUGCUUGAUUGGAUGUCCAUAAAGUUAUGUUGCCAAGGAAUAUCUGUAUGUAAGGUGACUUACAGGAAAUAAUAUAGUAGUGGUGGUUGAGGGUGUGGAAGGGUGAGUUAGUGGGUGGAGGUGUUGAUCAGCUUUACUGUUUGGGGAAAGUAACCAUUUUUUUGUAUCUGGUGGCCCUGGUGUGGGUGUUAUGUAGCCUACUCCAUGAUGGGAGUCCCAGUCCCAUCGUGCACCAUAAUCCUGAGAAACGUUGCCUCGUUUUUACUGUGUACUGUACCAGCAGAGAUGGUGGAAAUGACAAUAAAAAGUGACUUGACAGAGUCCAUGAGCAGGCUGCGUGGGAUCCUUCACGACGUUACUGGCACCUUUCUGUCUGUGUGUCCUUGAUGGUGGGUAGGCUGAUGCUAGUGAUGCAUUGGGCAGGUUUGACCACCCGUUGUGGAUCUUUCCGGUCCGCCGCCGUGCCGUUUCUACACCUUGCAAGUGAUGCAGCUUGCUGAGAUGAACUCUGCUGCAUUUCUCUAGAAUGACCUGCGUAGUCCAGCUCGCCUUGGCAGGUCGAGGUUUCAGUGAGCUGUGUUGAAUGCGUUCCGGGACCAUGGGAAGUUGUGCAAGAUGUGCCCUCACAGGAGUCCAGCAGCGAAUUCCGAGACGUCUUUCACUAUAAAAGGACAAGCCAUUCAGCCUAGAAAGGAUACGUCUUCCUGUCUUCACACUAUUAAUAAACUAUUCCAAAAGUUUAAAAUCCAGUCAUUUUCAUAACCAUUGUCAUUCCUAUCAACGCUGGCGCAGCAGUAAUGAUUACAUUUUCAAUUACAAAUCACAUACAAGAAAAAUCUAUAUACAGCUGAAAAGAGCUAGUCGUGUACUUUGGGCCAGUGUUACUUGUUAAACUUUUAUCAUUUUGAAUAAGAACGAUGCCUUAGAAAUUCCACUUAUGCGAAGGUAUUGCCGUUCUGUUGUUGCUGAUACAGUACUUGAAUAGUGACGUAACUGCGCGACCAUUUCCUGCUUCAAUUUGCAAAAGAUGACGAUCACGGGAUGGAAGAGUUGCCUGAGUUUUAUUUUCUUUACAGUGUAUUUAUGUACCGGAGAACCUUUCGCUCGCCGUUACCAACCGAACUGGAAGAGUCUUGACAGCAGGCCUUUACCCGGCUGGUACGACCAGAGCAAAUUUGGGAUUUUCAUCCACUGGGGAGUAUUUUCGGUGCCCAGUUUCGGGAGCGAGUGGUUCUGGUGGAAUUGGGAAGGGAGACAUUUACGUGAGUAUGUGGAGUUUAUGACAAAGAACUACCCACCGGGAUUCGAGUACAGCGAGUUCGCUCCAGAAUUCACAGCUGGCUUCUUUGACCCGGAUCAAUGGGCGGAACUGUUCGAGGAAUCCGGAGCCAGGUACGUGGUGCUGACGUCAAAGCACCAUGAAGGAUUCACGAACUGGGGAUCUCCUGUGUCCUGGAACUGGAACUCGAUUAACACAGGUCCACAUCGCGAUCUUGUGGGUGAUCUGGCAGCUGCAGUCCGUAAACGGAACUUACAUUAUGGAGUGUACCAUUCUCUCUUCGAGUGGUUCAACCCUCUCUACUUAUCUGAUAAGCAAAACAAAUUCAAGACCCAGAAAUUUGUUACGGAAAAAACAUUACCAGAACUGUACGAUCUGGUCUUAAGAUACAAACCAGAUAUAAUCUGGUCAGAUGGUGACUGGGAAGCACCAGAUACUUACUGGAAUUCCACUGGAUUUCUGGCUUGGCUCUACAAUGACAGCCCUGUCAAAGAUACUGUGGUCACUAAUGACCGCUGGGGAGCUGGCUGUUCUUGUAAACACGGCGGCUUCUUCAACUGUGCAGACAAAUACAGCCCCAGCAAACUGCAGAACCACAAGUGGGAGAAGUGCACCACACUUGACAGAUGGUCCUGGGGAUACCGCAGAAAAAUGCAGUCGAAGGACGUGGAAGAUCUACCAUCCAUUAUCACUAGUUUACUGGACACGAUUGUCUAUGGUGGCAACUUCCUGCUCAAUAUUGGCCCAACCAAAGAUGGCACCAUCUCCCCCAUCUUCGAGGAAAGGUUGCGUGGACUGGGACAGUGGCUGCGUGUUAACGGUGAAGCGAUAUACGCAUCGACACCCUGGCGAGUUCAGAAGGAGAACGGCUCCAACAUAAUAUGGUACACCAGUAAGGGAUCUUCAGUUUAUGCAGUAUUCACAAAGUGGCCCACCGACAAUACUCUGAAGCUGGAUUCACCAAAGGCUUUGCCGAACACCACCGUGACGAUGCUGGGAGUCCCACAGCCUCUGAAAUGGAAGACUUCUCCCACCAAAGGCAUUCUCAUUUUCCUGUCCCCCCUUUCUCCAUUGACUCUCCCCUCCAAAAAUGGUUGGACAUUGAAAAUGAAAGGAGUUUCCUAAUCAGAGAGUGACAAAGGAAACAAGUUUUACAUGAUGAUUUUGAAAGUUGAGAAGUUUUUGUAUGAAGAUUUAUACACUGUACGUGAGCUUAAAAAAUCCUGGCCAAAGUUUAAGUCUUUGACCAUAAAUUACAGAUGUCGAGGUUAGAAAAGCAGUGCUGGUUUUUGCAAAUGGAUCACUUCACUGUUCAGCUUUACUUUGAUUAUGCUGCUUGGGGAAAGUUACUGAUCAAACAUUAGUUUUGAAGGGUAGCUUCAGAGCAAAGAUACUGUUGAGCAAGACUUAAUGUGACACCAGUCCUUAUAUUACUGGUUAUUUGCUAUUUUUAUUGAAGGUAAACUUGAUGUACAAAUUUUUACAAUGGUUUGAUCAAACACUUCAAUAAUGGGAGACUAUGCUAAUAGAUUUGUUGAACAAAGUUAAUAAUUUUAAAAUCUUAAACAAAAGUCAGCACUUCGUUAUUUAACACACUGUAAGGGUUCACUGCUAAUGUAAUGGUUUCUCUGUAGCAGUAGUUUUUGGGUUAUGACUGGAGAUAACAGAACUGUUGAUGCAUGUAAGCCAAUCAGGAUUUUGUUGCCCUGCCUUGUGAUUCUGGAAGCAGUUGAUUUUGGGGGCUUUUGUCAGAGGGAGGGAGAGAGAGAGGUGAAGAAAGAAGAUGCGAAUGGAGAGAUUUGGUAGACCGCCAGACGGGGUGGACUCGAAGCGAAGGUCCGAAGGGCAGCGACGAUCGGAGGAGGUUGAUGGUGGACAAAUGUCCGAUUUUGUGAGCUCCAACAUUGUGCAACGGACUGUUUAAUAAGAUUUAGGCCCCUUUUUUAUAUUUUGUUUCUCUACUAACCAUAUAGUCAAAGUAAGAGUUAUAAAGCUUAAUUGUUCAAUCGUG